AUGGAGAUACGGGACAGGGACUUUAGAGGUCUAUUGAUGGAGAUACGGGACAGGGAAUUUAGAGGUCUAUUGAUGGAGAUACGGGACAGGGACUUUAGAGGUCUAUUGAUGGAGAUACGGGACAGGGACUUUAGAGGUCUAUUGAUGGAGAUACGGGACAGGGACUUUAAAGGUCUAUUGAUGGAGAUACGGGACAGGGACUUUAGAGGUCUAUUGAUGGAGAUACGGGACAGGGACUUUAGAGGUCUAUUGAUGGCGAUACGGGACAGGGACUUUAGAGGUCUAUUGAUGGAGAUACGGGACAGGGACUUUAGAGGUCUAUUGAUGGCGAUACGGGACAGGGAAUUUAGAGGUCUAUUGAUGGAGAUACGGGACAGGGACUUUAGAGGUCUAUUGAUGGAGAUACGGGACAGGGACUUUAGAGGUCUAUUGAUGGAGAUGCGGGACAGGGACUUUAGAGGUCUAUUGAUGGCGAUACGGGACAGGGACUUUAGAGGUCUAUUGAUGGCGAUACGGGACAGGGACUUUAGAGGUCUAUUGAUGGAGAUACGGGACAGGGACUUUAGAGGUCUAUUGAUGGAGAUACGGGACAGGGACUUUAGAGGUCUAUUGAUGGAGAUACGGGACAGGGACUUUAGAGGUCUAUUGAUGGAGAUACGGGACAGGGACUUUAAAGGUCUAUUGAUGGAGAUACGGGACAGGGACUUUAGAGGUCUAUUGAUGGAGAUACGGGACAGGGACUUUAGAGGUCUAUUGAUGGCGAUACGGGACAGGGACUUUAGAGGUCUAUUGAUGGAGAUACGGGACAGGGACUUUAGAGGUCUAUUGAUGGCGAUACGGGACAGGGAAUUUAGAGGUCUAUUGAUGGAGAUACGGGACAGGGACUUUAGAGGUCUAUUGAUGGCGAUACGGGACAGGGACUUUAGAGGUCUAUUGAUGGCGAUGCGGGACAGGGACUUUAGAGGUCUAUUGAUGGCGAUGCGGGACAGGGACUUUAGAGGUCUAUUGAUGGCGAUACGGGACAGGGACUUUAGAGGUCUAUUGAUGGCGAUACGGGACAGGGACUUUAGAGGUCUAUUGAUGGAGAUACGGGACAGGGACUUUAGAGGUCUAUUGAUGGAGAUACGGGACAGGGACUUUAGAGGUCUAUUGAUGGCGAUACGGGACAGGGACUUUAGAGGUCUAUUGAUGGAGAUACGGGACAGGGACUUUAGAGGUCUAUUGAUGGAGAUACGGGACAGGGACUUUAGAGGUCUAUUGAUGGAGAUACGGGACAGGGACUUUAGAGGUCUAUUGAUGGAGAUACGGGACAGGGACUUUAAAGGUCUAUUGAUGGAGAUACGGGACAGGGACUUUAGAGGUCUAUUUAUGGCGAUACGGGACAGGGACUUUAGAGGUCUAUUGAUGGAGAUACGGGACAGGGACUUUAGAGGUCUAUUGAUGGCGAUACGGGACAGGGAAUUUAGAGGUCUAUUGAUGGAGAUACGGGACAGGGACUUUAGAGGUCUAUUGAUGGAGAUACGGGACAGGGACUUUAGAGGUCUAUUGAUGGAGAUGCGGGACAGGGACUUUAGAGGUCUAUUGAUGGCGAUACGGGACAGGGACUUUAGAGGUCUAUUGAUGGCGAUACGGGACAGGGACUUUAGAGGUCUAUUGAUGGCGAUACGGGACAGGGACUUUAGAGGUCUAUUGAUGGCGAUGCGGGACAGGGACUUUAGAGGUCUAUUGAUGGCGAUGCGGGACAGGGACUUUAGAGGUCUAUUGAUGGCGAUACGGGACAGGGACUUUAGAGGUCUAUUGAUGGCGAUACGGGACAGGGACUUUAGAGGUCUAUUGAUGGCGAUACGGGACAGGGACUUUAGAGGUCUAUUGAUGGAGAUACGGGACAGAGACUUUAGAGGUCUAUUGAUGGCGAUACGGGACAGGGACUUUAGAGGUCUAUUGAUGGCGAUACGGGACAGGGACUUUAGAGGUCUAUUGAUGGCGAUAUUGGACAGGGACUUUAGAGGUCUAUUGAUGGAGAUACGGGACAGGGACUUUAGAGGUCUAUUGAUGGCGAUACGGGACAGGGACUUUAGAGGUCUAUUGAUGGAGAUACGGGACAGGGACUUUAGAGGUCUAUUGAUGGAGAUACGGGACAGGGACUUUAGAGGUCUAUUGAUGGCGAUACGGGACAGGGACUUUAGAGGUCUAUUGAUGGAGAUACGGGACAGGGACUUUAGAGGUCUAUUGAUGGCGAUACGGGACAGGGACUUUAGAGGUCUAUUGAUGGCGAUACGGGACAGGGACUUUAGAGGUCUAUUGAUGGAGAUGUGGGACAGGGACUUUAGAGGUCUAUUGAUGGCGAUACGGGACAGGGACUUUUUAGAUCCAUUAUUAACGGUACGUGAGAUGCAGUUAUGGAGAUCUACUGUUGGAGGCCCUGAACAGAGGAUUAUAGAGAUCAAAUCUUGGCGGCCCAGGAGAAGAGACAUUGGAGAUCUACUGUUGGAGGCCCUGUACAGAGGACUAUGGAGAUCCAAUGUUGGCGGCCCAGGAGAAGAGACAUUGGAGAUCUACUGUUGGAGGCCCUGUACAGACGAUUAUGGAGAUCUAAUGUUGGCGGCCCUGUACAGACGACUAUGGAGAUCUAAUGUUGUCGGCCCAAGAGAAGAGACAUUGGAGAUCUACUUUUGGAGGCCCUGUACAGACGAUUAUGGAGAUCUAAUGUUGGCGGCCCUGUCCAGAGGACAAUGGCAUUAUUUAGUUUAA